CAUACUCGUAUAUAACGGUGUCUGGCGGCCGCGUUGAGUUUAGUCUUCGUGUUAAAUUCGCAAUGUGCGGUCGCAAAACGAGAUACUACGGCGGCCGGUCAUAAACAAAUAAUAAAAGUGAAUUAGAUUAAGAAAUCAAACAGACUCGUUCGCCCAAUCAAUCUCAAGCCAGUCAAUCAGUCCAAUGAGCAGUUCGGGUCGCGAUUUACGAAAACAAAAAAAAUAUCGAAAUACAACGGCAACAAGCAGAAAAUGAAAGUGAAUUUUAAAUUCUUUGCAUAAGGAGCCGUUUGGAUUUGCUAAGUGAGAUGCUAUUUUCCUAUGCGGUUGAGUUUAUUUUCGUAAGUUUAGCAUUUUGAUGUUACGAAUGAAAAGCUUCGCUUUCGUGUGCAAAAAAUAAUAAUUCGAUUUCAAUUUUCGUCGUGAAAUUGUGUGAGAAAAAUAUAAAUACCGCGUGUACACACACACACACACACAUAGAAGUAAUCGUAUUUUGAAGGCACGUAUAGUAUAUAUUUGCGAUUGCAGUUUCGGGAAAAUCGGGAUACACUCCAUUGCUCCACUUUCAUGGAGUCAAAUGCGAAAAGUAGAAAUAACAGAAAGCGAAGUGCAAAUAAGUAGUAAAUAUUGGAAAAGUAGAAAUAGGAAAUUCAGCAGAUAUAGAAGUGGAAGCAAAAGUGGAAAUCCUACGCAACAACAGAGGAUUGCAAGCAAAUAAACUGCAAUCUGCUUCACUGCUCCUCACUUGUUCGGCUGCCCGCUGCAAAAGUCGUCAAGCUACAGAGUUUCGUCUAUUUGAUUCGUGUGCGGUGAUUCGUAGGUUCCCAUGCUUUAUUCGUUCUGCUUCAAACAUUUAACGUUUUGAUUCGCUAAACUCUAUGUUUCGCUGUUGACCGCGAGAGUGUAUUCCCGCAAUCAGAGUACUUUUGCCGAUGCCUACUUAAAACAAAUACCUUCACAUACAUGUGUACAUGCACUAGCCUGAAGAAUAUUUUCGGUGUGUGAAUGCGAAGAAGUUGGCAUGGAACAAGAGGGGUGUGCAACAAAUCGCUCUUUAAUGACACCAUACAACGCAAUAGAGUUUCCAUAAUAAGAGACGUGAAGCCAGAAUAACCAAAAAUCUUCAAUAAUCCCCAAAGAAAAGCCAGAAUUUAAAAAGCAUUAUAAUUUUAUGUGUGUAAAUAUGAAAUUUAGUUGAACAUUUUAUAUUGAUUAAAUAUGUGUAUAUCGGCGUACCAAACAUAAUACAAAUGCAGUUAUGUAACAUGUUACCAUAUAUCUCCAAUACAAAUGAUAAUGAAAAUCAUAUUAAAUGAGUAGAUAUUGUAAAUAAACAACAUUUGAUACCGUUGAAAAAUAUAUAAAAUGGCCAGAAAUUAAAAUUUACUGUUCGUGAAGUUGCAACCGCAAGUUGGUGCCUAUAUAUGAUACGCUGAGCUGCAGCAAUAACAGCAACUACAACAUGAGCAACAAUACCGACGUUGUAACACAGCAGGAUUCGUAUGUUAAUAAUUUAUAUACAGUUUCCUGUUAAUUCCCAAUGCCAAUAAUUCGAAUUGAUAAUUCAAAUAGCAGGGUAUAUAUGGGAAAGCUGAAAUAUUCACACACACUUACGCCUGAACGCACACGUGAACACCCGCCUGCUGGCACACAAACAAGAUGAACACUUAGACACACGUGCUAAAUGCAAGCGGUCAAGCGUAGAAAUUUGAUGUGAUUACGAGUCUGAAUUCGAAUACGACAAAUACAAAAUAUAGCAACAAAUAGCAACCGCAAAAUGUUGGUAUGUAUUUUUAUCUAAAAGCCAUAAUUAUAUAUUAAUAAUAACAAGGACAACAGCUGCAACUAAUACCGGCUUACUUUGACAAAUAUAAAAUAUUCAAAGCCAUUUUAAGUCCAGCAUAAAAAGUUUUCGGAACAAAAUGACAGCAAAGCCGAACCCACAUACAUAUAUGAGCACUGGACGAACAAACCAAUGUAAAUCAUCGAAAAAUUAAGACAAGCAGUACGUAGCUAGCAAGAGUAUGGACUAUACGAGCUUAGGCUGCUGUACGCUCGCUUUUGUGCUGUAUCUGAAUACCUUGAAUGCCGGAUUUGUUUAUGAUGACAGGCGCGCUAUCAUAACCAACACGGAUGUUUCCGGCCACACGCCUUGGCAGAGUAUCUUUCAGCACGACUACUGGGGUACCCCACUUACAGACUCUGGCUCGCAUGGCUCCUACAGACCGCUGUGCGUGCUCAGUUUUCGUUUUAACUUCCUGCUUGGAGGGUACACGCCUUGGGGGUUCCAUCUUAUCAAUAACUUGAUGCAUUGCUUAGCUACAGGGUUGGUGGUUAAACUGGCGCGCUACUUUCUAACAUCCGUUUGGGGAGUACUGGCUACGGGAGCUCUCUUCGCUGCUCAUCCGAUUCACACGGAGGCUGUAGCGGGAAUUGUUGGUCGCGCUGAUCUAGCUGCCUGCAUUUUCUACCUGCUCUCAUACCUAAUGUAUAUGCGGCACAUAGUGUGGCGAGAACGCGGCGAAAUGCGUCAAUGGAUCGCGCUUAUUCUCACGGUGACACUAUCACUAGUGGCUCUACUUUUCAAGGAGACAGCAAUAACGGCGUUGUUAGUAUGUGCGGUAUUCGACGGAAUACGUGGUGUCUGCGGUUUCCAAGAUAAGCAUCGGGUGCGCACACUGUGCAUACUGGCCGUAUCACUAGCAUGUAUCAUCUAUUGGCGGCUCGUUGUACUACCUCGUCCGCAAACCGCCUUCUCAGCAGCUGACAAUCCAAUAGCCAAAAUGCCUUCAAUGUGGGCGCGCUUUCUUACAUUCAUCUACCUGCCUGUCUUCAAUUUCAGCCUAUUACUAAGCCCUCAAGUGCUUAGUUUCGACUGGGGAAUGGACGCCAUACCGCGAGUUACCUCUCUCCGUGAUGAACGCAAUUUACUCAGCCUUGGUUUCUAUGGCACGCUUAUCAUUAUUGUUUUCAAAAACAUUAGAUAUCUAUGGAGACGCCGCUCGGAACGUCUAGCAAAAAAGCAACGGCAUGCGAAUCAGCAACAAUAUCACUUACGUAAGUCACGAUCCAAGAAAAAAUAUCGCGUGCCAAUACCCACAGAUGCGAUAGAAUCAAAUUCGACAUAUAAACUAUUAGAUGCAACAUCUUUGAGCUGUGCGCCUUACGCCACAGACAGCACGACGACGAUUUCACUGCUGCAGCCCGAACCACACCUUAGGUGUGCUUGCCAUGACUGCAAGCAGGAGCUGAGCUCCGCUCACCACACCGCUUCGUGCUGUGCCCUUAACAAUAACAAUAAUAACCUACCGUGGCUCAAUCCGAACGUCUUCAGUGACUGCUGUUGCCAUCAGUUAUUCCAGUCUUCCAGUGGAGCCCCCCACCUUCUAGCGCUAGCGUUGCGUAAAGCCCUCACGGCAGUAGUGCCGCGCUCCUCGCGCAGUAGUAGUUGCUGCAGCAGCAGUACGACGGCCAGCAACAACAGCUCCGGCAGCAAUACUUCCAGCAGCAGCACUUGCAGCAGUGCUUCCAAUAAAAAGACAGGAAACAACCACCGACUAGGACACGCUUCAGCGUCCCCGCUUCCGUGGACACGCCGUGCAGUUCAGCAUACUAAUAAUGCAUGCAUUUUGUUGAUGGCAUUAUCCUUUCUAACGCUGCCCUUUCUGCCUGCCACGAAUUUAUUCUUUUAUGUCGGUUUCGUGGUAGCCGAACGAGUGCUUUAUUUACCCAGCGUCGGUUAUUGCCUAUUGGCUGGCUAUGGCAUAGGCAAAUUGAUGGAACGUUUACGUUCUCCUGUGGCUCGCAAGAGAAAGGUGGCGCUUAUAUUUGGCUUAAGUCUAUUACUAAGCGGGCUGGGGGCGCGCACAGUGCAGCGCAACUUUGAUUGGUACGAUGAAGAAAGUCUAUUUCGGAGCGCUGUGGAAGUAAAUCCACCUAAAGCUCUAGGUAACCUAGGAAGUGUACUUAGCUCACAAGGUCGUUAUGAAGAAGCGCGGGAAGUGCUGGUUGAGGCUAUUAAGUAUAGACCAAAUAUGGCGGACGUUCACUUUAACUUAGGAAUUUUACAUCAAAAUCAACAAAACUAUAAGGCCGCAGUUGAGUGCUUUCGGAAGGCGAUACAAUUUCGGCCAAAUUUAGCAGUGGCUUUCUUAAAUUUGGGAGCAUCACUGAUUGCUCUGGGAAAAUGUCGAGAGGCGGCACAAACUCUCAAGGAGGGCACUCAACUGAAUGGUGCCGGUGUACGUGAUCGAACCGCUCACGACAACGCUCGAAUAUCUGCGUACCUGCAACUCGGCGCUCUCUAUGCCGAGCAAGGCAAGUUACAACGCGCCCUAGCCGUGUACCGCGAAGCGCUGCAUGCGCUACCAUCGACGUAUUACCAACGUGACGUUCUGUAUAAUCGUAUAGGCGACGUUUUUGGUCGCCUGCAGCAAUGGAACGAAGCGGAGCGGUAUCAUUAUGCCGCGCUACAGUUACAACCGAAUCAGGUGGCAGCGCAUCUAUCAUACGGCAUCACACUGGCGCGAAAUACUAGCCGAGCAGCGGAGGCGGAGGUGUGGUUUAAGCGCGCUUUGCAGUUGGCGCCACAGCAGUCUAGUGCGCAUCACUAUUACGCGGAAUUCCUCACCUCGCAGUCACGCAGUGAAGAGGCGCUUCAUUACCGCGUACGUGCUGCCGAGCUUGCGCCCGACGACUAUGCGUUAGUGGUAGCGGCCGCUACGGCCUUACGCCUUUCUGAGCGCAAAUUGGAAGCGGAAAGCUGGUACCGCAAGGCAGUGGCGAUGAGACCUAACGACGCUCAUGCCCACACCAACUUGGGCGCGAUUCUGCACUUGUUGGGGCGCACAAGCCAUGCGGCCAGCAGUUACCAAGAAGCCUUAAGAUUGCAGCCGGGGGAUCCCACAACGCUAGGAAACCUUGCCAAACUGGGCGUCAUGGAACCCAAAUGAGUGCAUUAGCACGCAUCCUUCAGAUGACAAAGGAGUAAAGCGAUUUCAUUGGGAAUUUUUUGAUCAAUAGAAACCAAAUAUGAAAAAAAUUACUGCAGGAAAAAGUAAUUUUGAACAGUUUUGGAUAAAAGAGAAGAGAAGAAUAUUUUUGUAAAAAUAAAUACUAAAUUAACAUAAUAACGGAAAAGGACUUAAAAAUGCAACAGUGUAUCAAUAACCAGUACCAAACAAAACAGGAACUUAUUGAACAAAGUUUACAGCUUCAAAAAAGAGUGGAAGAAUACAAAAAUAAGAAAAUCCAUAUUUACAUGCAUACUUAUGUAAUUUAGCCGCUUGUAAAUAAAAGCUAACAAAAAAUAUAUAACAUGUUAAACAAAUUAUUUAAAAUCUGAGAUAAUUUAAAACCAAUAUAAGAAAGUCUGUACAUAUGUUGGUUUUGUGUUAUUUGUUUCACUACAUUGUGUAAUCCCUCAAAUUGAGACCACAGUAAAUAAAAAUUGAAAAAAAUUAUAUCGGAAAUCAUAUUUAGUAUUCGUUAAAGGCAGCAGAUAUAAAAAAUAUCAAAUUGGCUUAAAAAUCAUUUAGUGUGAAAAUCUAAGAUUUCGGAGCAUAAAAUGUGUAAAUUGAACUGUAAAUAUGAUAAAUAUGGGAAAGGGUAAUCAUUACGAAAAGCAAGCGAAUUGGGAAAGGGAAAAUAAAAUGGUUAGCUUUGUGGCUUUGAAAGACGACUAACCGUGUAUUAGUUAUGUAAUUAUAGUAUACACUUAUACAUAUAUAAAAAUAAGGAAAGGAGUAAGCUGCUCCAGGUUAACGAAUUGUAAUUGUAAUAAAAACGCUGUGGGUGUGAGUGUAAAUGAUAAUAACUAUGAAAUGUAAUAAAUAUUCAAGCAGAGGCGUCAUUUAUUAAAAUAAAUGAAGAAAAUUGAGAUACAUAAAUUAACAAUAAAUACAUAUACCAAAAUAAAA